GCAUGGAAGAGAACCAUCCAUCUUCCUUCUCCUUUUAAAUGAUUCAUUGUUUACAUACCUUUUCUUUCUGUGGAUGAUCUGUUUCGACUUUUGAGUUUAUUAGAGAUAUCUUGUUUAAUACAGUCAGAUAUUGAAUCCUUUACGUCGCCACCGCAUUGCCUAUCUAUCCUUGAGACGACACACAUGGGGAAUAGCAUCACCAGCACAAACUGAUUAACAUUCACAUUCGAGUCUCUGCGAUGCUGAGCUAUAGCGUCCGAAGGGCGGCGACGGGUGCUCGCUUUGGAUUACAUCGUGGCAGCGAACUCAUCCUGCGCAGAAACAAUCUUGCGGUAUCACACACGACAGUCCAACAACUACGAAAGGCGUCGUCAACAUCGCCAUCCAUCUCCGAAUACUCAUACCCCGAUACUCGAUCAUCUCACCCUUUUGAAAAAUGGCCUCGAAGCCAAACCGGUCUGCGAGAUCACGAUAACGACGUCGAUUAUUAUAACGAUGACGUCGAUGGCUAUACCCGCCACAGAUCAAAACCUCGACAUUCGUCCGGCAUUUCUAACCGCGGCCUCCGUCUCUCAGAGAAUCUAGACUAUGUGCGCAGAAAGACGAAAAAGCAGCGCCGAGAUAUCGAAGGUAGCCGCGAGGAAGUGGACAUGUUGAUGGAGCUUGCGAAAAGCAGGAAUCUGCCCGAGUCCAUCAGCUCGACGGUCGUUAAUAAGGAGUUGCGGUGGCUCAAGGAUCCCAAGGACUUGGCGGUUCGCACGGCGAGGUUGCUGGCCGCCGGGCAGGUUCAGCUUGCAGUGGCCUUAGUGCGCAAAGCAGAGAUGGAGAAGAUGGAGUGUUCGGUUGCGUGGAACAGGUUGUUGGAUUAUUGUUUUAAGCGAGGGGCGCCGCUGGCGGCUUUUAAGUUUUAUAACGAUAUGAAGAAAAGAGGCCGACGACCGACUGACCGUACGUAUACGAUUAUGCUUAAAGGGCUAUCCUUACGGUCGCGACAGAUUGGCGUGAAACCUGUUGAGACUGCCUAUAAAAUUUACAAGCAAGUGCUUGAUCCGCGAUCAGGCGUGCAAGCUUCGCACUUCCAUCAUCACCCAAUGUUAGAAGUCUGUGGUAACUAUCAUGAUAUGGAUGCAUUAUGGAACGUGGUUGGAGAGCUACCUGAGCAUGGUCCAAGUAAACCAAACGCCCAAACCUACACCAUCAUCCUAUUGGCUCUCCGAAACAAUUUCGACCACGAGACGGCUUCUCUUUCUGUAGAUGAUGUGAAAACGAAGAUGGAAAAACGAGAAAAUAUGAUCCUUGACGCGAAGAGAAUAUGGGCUGACGUUAAAAAUCGGUGGGAGGCAGGUCAGCUGGAGAUUGAUACUGAGUUGGCUGGUACCAUGGCUUUUAUUUUAACAGAUCCCCUCGACGAGCUCAAUUCGUUCCAUGUCCUCAGUCUGUUCAAUCAGACAGCUGGCAUUCCAGUCUUUGCUGACAAGCCUUCGGGUCCGUCGAUGGUUGGUUCGAGGCAAGGGAUUUGGGAAGAUGAAGUGCGUCGUAGUAGAUAUCAGGCGAAGAAAUCCAAGCAGAUCUCGAAUGCGGACUAUGGUGGAGAAUUGACCUCGGAACAAGACAUCGACUCACGUUCAGAAGCCGAGUUGGAUGCUGAGCAAGCAUCACUCGAGCAUGACGACGACAGUGCCGAGGAGAAAGUUUACAUGGAGACGUUUGAAGAUAUUUUCGACCCCGUGAAACCUCAAAAGAACGACGACACGGAGUUGACUCUACUCAAGCCAGAUAACAUGAUCUUGAAUAGAAUUUUGAAAACUUGUCGAAUCCUGACAAAAGGUACUGCCGCUGGCAAAGAGUAUUGGAAAUAUUUUACACUCGACGAAAAGGGCCAUAAACUCGAGCCUGACGAAGCCAACUUCCAUGAAUACCUGCGCGUUCUCCGUGUUUCUCGAUCUAGCCAAGGCGCUGUCGACUUGAUCCGCAAUCAGAUGCUUUCAACAGGGUUUCUUGAAGGCAAGACAUUCCAUAUCGCCAUGAGCUGUUGCCUCCGGGAUCGGCAGAAUCCCAACGUCCUUCUCAACGCUAAAGAAAUGCUUGCCAUCAUGGACCGCAACCUCCCCCUCCCAGACCCCCGACCACUAACCAGCUUCCUCGAACUUUCCAAUGCACUUCUCUCGAACCCACAAUGGCUCCUCCGCCUCCGCGGCCUUGAAGAUAUCGACCAAUCCGCCACCAACCUUACCAUGAUGGGCCGCAAUCUGCGCUGGUCGCUGCAGAAAUCCGUCGUAGCCAGUCUCGAACCGCACAUCAACCGUCUCUACGACGCCAUGGAGCAUGCUGAGACUUUACCAGACGGAGAGCGCCACGCGUCUCUAAGCCCUGCCAUCAAGCGCCCCGGCACCGUGAACGGAUUCCUCUGCGUGAAUCUUAUGAUGCAAAUGCGGCAAUCUCUUGAUUCGCUACUAGGUGCUCAGUACGAGAAAAUCCUGACGGAUUCGGAACGGAAAUGGAUUCAUGCACUGGCUGUGAAAUUGAGGAAGUAUUCGAAACCAGACGUGGUCAAACAAUUUGAGAAGUCGACCUUGAAACCCCUGGAGAGUCACUGGGAGGCUAUUCGCGAGACCGCGGGACGAUAGUUCGCACUGCGCUGCCAAUGUUUGGAUUUUUUUGUUAUUGAUUGACGACAAUCGCUGUAUAUUAUUACCAUAUUACCUGCAUUUUCUGGCGCAUGGGACAGGAUGGCAAUUGGACGAUUUGUGCAAUGCUAGAAACAUUGUGGAUAAUGCAUAUUAAUUGUACAUAGCUAACUCCUCAUCAUAAUAUACAUUCAUGAAAC